AUGGAGUUAUCUGAUCAAAAUCCCUUAAAUGAAGAUCUUUUAGCCAACUUAGUAGCAGCACAAAAUGAACAUGCAACUAGAGAAGUUCAAGCAAAUAUUCUUAUGAGACUUAAAUCAAGAGCAAAAUGGAUUAAAGAUGGUUCUGCAAACACUGCAUACUUCCAUGCUAGAAUGAAGAUUAGACAAGCAAGAAAUACAAUUAGUGAACUAGAAGAUGCGAAUGGAAAUAUUAUUAGUGAUCAAUCUCAAAUUGCAGAUACUUUAGUCAAGCAUUUUCAACAAAAAUUUGAAGCUCAAGAUGUUGAUGUUUCUGAAGAAUUGCUUGAUGUUAUUCCCUCAGUUAUUACAUAUGAAGACCAAGAAAUGUUGGACUCAAUUCCCACCACUGAAGAAAUCAAGAAAAUUGUUUUUGAAAUGGACUCAGAUAGUGCCCCUGGUCCAGACAGAUUUCCUGGAUCUUUUUAUAAAAGUGCUAAGAAAGCAAGUCAAUAUAGACCAAUUGGAUUGAGUAAUGUAUUAUUCAAAAUUUUCACAAAGAUAAUUUCUGUCAGAAUGAAUGGACUCAUGGAGAAGUUAAUUUCAUUACAACAGGCUUCUUAUGUUAAAGGAAGAAGCAUUCAAGAACAAAUACUUCUAGCUUCAGAGAUGGUAAAUGAAAUGAGGAAAAAGAGAAGAGGCGGUAAUGUGGCUUUUAAACUGGACAUAUCACAUGCUUAUGAUUCUGUAAGUUGGACUUUUCUUCUUAAAGUUAUGCAAAAAUAUGGAUUUUCAUCAUCUUGGUGUGAUUGGUUGUUAACCAUGUUUAAAUCUGCAAAAUUAUCAGUAAUGGUCAAUGGAGGACCAUGUGGCUUUUUCUCAAUGCAUAGGGGUCUUAAGCAGGGUGAUCCGUUAUCCCCUAUUUUAUUUAUUUUGAUGGAAGAUGUAUUGAGUAGAAAUAUCACAAAUUUGGUUGAUACAGGGCAAAUAACUCCAAUGGUAGUUAGAAAUGGAAUAUAUCCAACACACUUAUUUUUUGUUGAUGAUGUUUUCUUAUUCUGUAAUGGAGCUAAGAAGACUUUGUUCUGUCUAUUUAAGCUGAUUGAAAAAUAUCAACAUAGCUAUGGCCAGAUGAUUAACAAAGCCAAAAGCAAGUGUUUCAUUGAUGGUACUAAUUCAACCAGAAAGCAACAAAUUAGCACCAUAGUUGGUAUGGAUAUAUCUAAUUUUCCUGAUAAGUAUCUUGGUAUCAUUCUGGCUCCAGGAAGAGUAACUACAGAAAUGGUCUGGCAAAUAGUUCUUAUGCUUCAGAGCAAACUUGCAGCUUGGAAAGGAAGAUUAUUAUCUUUUCAUGAUAGACUGAUUCUUGUAAAAACAGUUUUGUGCAGCUACCCUCUUUACAAUAUGGCAGUUUAUAAAUGGCCAUCUUCAGUUAUUAAGAUAUGUGAAAAAAUAAUAAGGAACUUUCUAUGGUCAGGUGAUGGAGAGGUUAGAAAGUACAAAACUUUAUCUUGGAAGAAGAUCUAUGUGCCAUAUAUUGAAGGUGGCUUGGGUAUUAGAAGGCUAGAAGUUCUUAACAAAAUUUUGCUGACGAAAAUGAUGUGGAAAUUGGUAUACUCAUCAGAUGAAUGGGCUCUGUUUUUUACAGCUAAGUUCAAAGAUAAAUAUGGUAUAUGGUUUUCAAAAUGGAAAUUAUCAUCAGUAAGAGCAUGUUUGCAAUGGGCUUGGCUUACUUUACAAGAAGACAUCUCUUGGAAGAUUGGAAAUGGUGCUAGCAUCUCAUUGAAAGUUCAUGACUUAAUCAUUAAUGACCAAUGGAAUAUACAUCCUCAGUUGCAGCACUUGUUACAGAUUGAUAACUUGUCUGAUAUUCACAGUGGAAAUGAUUCCAUAAUAUGGAACCUACAUAGUAGUGGAAUGUUUAAUAAUGCAAAGGCAGUGGAGAAAAUAAGACACAAGGAAGACAAGGUUGAUUGGUCUUCUUAUAUAUGGAGGAAAUCUUUGCACCCAACUAUUGCCAGCAACAUUUGUAAGCUUAUACAAGGAGUUUAUGUGAAUGAUGACAUGAAAAGAAAACAAGGAUAUGAAAUUCCCUCUAGAUGUUAUAUCUGCAAAUCAGAGCAGGAUUUUAUGGAGCACACACUGUGGCUUUGUGAAUUCAGUGUUCAGGUAUGGAAUUGGCUUGGCAAUAUGUUUCAAUUUCCCAGACCAUACUCUUUUUCAGAAGUUUUUUCUGCAGCUAAACAACACAGUCCUAUCAUUGAUAAAGUAUGGAUAAUCUCUGCUUGUACUGUCAUUAAGGAGUUGUGGUUUCAAAGAAACAGAGUUUUCUUUGAAGGAGGUGAUGUUAAUAUUCAUGGUUUCAAGCAUAGGGUUAUGAAGAUUGUUCAAGAUCAUGGUGUCAGAAUAAAAGGGGUCAGGUGGAACAAAGACUAUGAAAACCAAAUUCUUAGUCACUUCAAAAUUGAUUCUUAA